AUGCUUGUUGUUUCAUUAUAUCCCGGACCGGGAAUCGAACCCGGAUCUUUUGGUUACGCACUAAGGGCUCGGACAGUUAAGCUAUCUGAGACAUCGCCCGUAACAACCUUUCAGUCACCUAAUACUUUUUUGUUUAACACGAUAGAAGAAUAUUUAUUAAUAUUUAGUCGAUAUAACUAUCUAUCAAUAGUUACUUAA